AUGUCUAUCAUCUUUAAUACCCUGCCUCUCCCACCGCCUGUCUCUGAAUUUGGCGAGCCCUUCUAUCGCUCCAUUAAGCAGGCUAUUGAGGCUAUUAACAUGUAUGCCCAGCCCCUAGGCUUUGGGAUAUCUAGGUCGUUAAAAGUGGCCAUAACCAUGAUCGAUAACCCGGACAUACCUUCGCUAUCCUCUAAAUAA